AUGGCCGACGCCGGCGCUCGCCUCCCGCUGCUGCUGCUCCUCGCCGCCGCGGGGGCCCUCCUCCUCGCCUCCCCCGCCGCGGCGGAGAUCCGGGCGGAGUCCUUCCGGGAGGACCCGCGCCACGCCAUCCUGUUCGAGAAGUUCGGCUUCUCCAAGACCGGGGCCGUCCGCAUCAUCCUCUCCGGCGCCGCCGUCUCCUCCUCCUUCGCGCGGGCGGACCCCAAGCAGAUCGGCUUCUUCCUCCUCGCCGACGAGUCCCUCCUGCAGGCCGCCUCCGAGUCGCGGCCGCCGGCGGAGAAGCGCGCGGAGCCGGACGACCCGACCGGCGCCGACGAGCCCGACCUGUCCGGGUGCGUCCUCUCCAGCCCCUACGUCAAGAAGCUCUUCACCUUCCACGACAUGGAGGGCGGGCACUACAACAAGUCCUUCCCGGUCACCCACCCCGACGAGUACAGCCUCUACUUCGCCAACUGCGCGCCGGAGUCGCUCGUCUCCAUGAACGUCCGCACCGAGAUGUACAACGCCAACCCGGACGGCUCCAAGGACUACCUCCCCGUCGGCCAGGCGCCCGUCCCGGCCAUCUACGGCUUCUUCGCCUUCGGCUACGCCGCGUUCCUCGCCGGCUGGGCCUACCUCACGCUCUCCCGCGACCGCGUGGCGGCCAACCAAAUCCACCACCUCAUGUCCGCGCUCCUCGUGGCGCGCCUGCUCUACUGCCUCUCGGCCGCCGAGGACCAGCACUACAUCCGCGUCACCGGCACGCCGCACGGCUGGGACGUGGCCUUCUACCUCUUCCAGCUCAUCAAGGGCGUCAUCCUCUUCGCGGUCAUCGUGCUGGUCGGCACGGGGUGGUCCUUCCUGAGGCCCUUCUUGCAGGACCGGGAGAAGAAGGUGCUCAUGGUGGUGAUCCCGCUGCAGGUCAUGGCCAACAUCGCCGACGCGGUCAUCGGGGAGACCGGGCCGUUCAUGCAGAGCUGGGUGACAUGGAACCAGAUCUUGCUGUUCGUCGACGUCGCCUGCUGCUGCGCCGUGCUCUUCCCGGUCGUCUGGUCCAUGCGGUCGCUCCGGGAGACGUCCAAGACCGACGGCAAGGCGGCGCGGAAUCUGUCCAAGCUCACUCUGUUCCGGCAGUUCUACACCGUGGUGAUUGGGUACUUGUACUUCACCAGGAUCGUGGUGUUUGCGCUGAGGACCAUUGCCAGUUACCAGUACCGGUGGGUGAGCGUCUUGGCCGAGGAAGUGGCAUCAAUGGCGUUCUACAUGUACAUGUUCUACACAUUCAGGCCGGCCGAGAGGAGCAAGUACUUCUCUCUCGACGACGACGAUGAGGAGGCCGCCGAGAUGGUGCUCCGGGAAGAGGAAUUCGAGCUAUGA